AUGACGGACCACUCCACGUCCACCAAGUACAAGGUGCCGGCCCAGCUGCGGCCUUUGCUGGAGUCGUUCACCCGCGAAACGUUGCGCAAUCAGCCCUCGGACUUGAUUGCCUUUGGCCGGCUGUUCUUUGAGACGCUGCAAGACAUCCAGAAAGGUUGGUUCUGAGAUUUUUUAUUUUUUUGUUCGGCCCUUUUUAUUAUGUUAUUAUUAUUUUCGGGGAUUGUUAUCGCCUUUUAUGGCGCUCAAAAACAAUAUUAACAAUCCGUGGUGUGGAUAAGUGCUAGGAAAUAUUGAUAAGAAGGUUGUAAAAAUAUUAUUGCGUUUCGGGUCAGUAUUUGACCUGUUUGGAGUGCAAUUAAUGGGAAUAUCAAGGUAUUUAUGAUCUUUUAUGGUCUUAAUUGCUAUCAGUGUGAUUGCGAAUUUCACUGUUGUGUUAAAAAAUGUCAUAGUCCACUCUGAAAUGGUAAAAGCUUAUCGGGUUUUGGCUAAAAUCGGAGAAAAAUACGUUAGAACCGACGACAACAAACUCACGUACAACAAAACCAGUCUAAAACUAUCUUUGCGAUCCCUGGAAACAAGCUUAGGCCAUGGUAAACUUCUAUGCAAAAAACCUUUCUAUAGCGAAUAAAUUUUUAGACCCCUUGCAACACUUUUUACAGAGGUUGGAUUGUAUUUUAUAUCCCAAAAGAGACCCUAAGCUCUCUAUAUCCUGUCCUUUCUUUCUAUGACGUUUACAAUGAACAAUCAUGACAUCAGUUUGAUCCAACCCGCACAUAAACAACUGCAGCCAAUCAUUGAUAUAAAUUUAACUUAUUUAUUUAUUGGCAGUUUAUACGUAAUUUUUUACAAUUCCUUCCAUACAACUUCGAGGUUUUGUCUGUCUGUAUAUAACGUAUUUUUUCUUUGUUUUUAUGGCAUUUUUUUACUUCCGUCUUUGAAAUUGUAUUAUUGUACUUUCGGCCGGAACAAAAAACUGAAGCCUUAUGGCACGAAAGCCUUUGAAUAUCAAGGAAGUUUACAACAAAAAAUGUGUUGAAGUAAUUUGCGUUAUAUCCUGGUUUUUUACCACGCACAUAGAAUGUUAUGUUCCAUUACAAUAAUCACGAAAAACUUCUGGAAAUUCUACAUUUUCUUUAAUUGCACUUUACACCCUCGGGCAGUAAAGAAAGCAACAAAUUUUGAUACUCUACCGAUAAGAUUGUUGGGGUAAAACACUUUAAAUUUUAUCGCUCACAUUGUGUGUAGCCUACCGUGUUUGUUUUCCAACUCUGUUCCAAUUUCCGUUUCCUCUCCAGGCCAAAACUUUCAGCCUAUGAGUUCUUAAUGAUAGCUCUACUUUCCCCUUAUUACACCCCUGUUAUUCUAAACAUCCAAAACACACAGCUCUCCAAAUUAGGCCCUCCCAUUCCGUGCUCCCAUUCCUCUUUUUGAUAACCAUAUUGACAAGUCGUAAAAUUUUAUUACUCUCCCGUAAAGACUUCCGUUGCGCUGCGUAUGUAAAUUGCGCUUUCGACGUCCUAUUCAGUUUGCAUUACAUAUAAAAGGAGGAGGGUUAUAAGGUCAAAAUGGGCUAUUUUUAUUUUCAAGUGCGUCUCGUAUCAAAGGAUUAGAUGUAAAAAGGAUGAAAAGUUUCCGAGUAUGUAGGGGAGGCGAGUUCUAGCCACUUGAACUUUAUUUUGGCGGGGGAGAGUUAGGAUGAUGACUUGCAAGACAGGUUGAUAACUCGAGCAAAACGUGGACAGUGUAUUCUUUAUAGUAUUGAAAUUUCAGCGAGCAGAAAACUUUUGAAGCUUCUGAUAUGACUAAUUGUAAGAGUGAAUAUGAUAGCGAAGUGCUGAAUGUUCGGCGGUGGAUUGAGGCAAAACCUGGCCCAAAAGGUGGAUUGAAUAUUUAUCGGGCAUCUUUUGCAUCCCUGGUCCUGCUUCGCAUAACAAAUUUUUUUCUUGAAAAUUUGUGAGACUGCGACAAAAGUUUUUUGUUUAUGCCAAAAACUGAAUUUACCAAAGAGGGCAAAGUUCAUACAAAAACACUGUUUUUCCGCUCGAAAUUAUGUAUCAAAGAUACAUAUGGCCAUAACCGUUUUCUCUCUAACAACUCGCCGCAAUUCGCGCACUAUAUCGUUGGAAAAGAUGGCUGAAUACCUUGGACACCCUUGUAAAGGGCAAGCUAUUUUUAGGAUAUGAUCUGUGGUACAUAAGCGAAGGACUUAAAGAAACUCUAAGGGUCGCGGCCCAAACGUGUGCCUUCUUAUAGCUCAUAAAAUUUCGGAAAAUAAUUCCGCGCCUUCCGCAUAUCGCGACCUAAAAAUGUCACAUAUUUCUUGUAAAGUGGUACGGCAUUUGUCAUCGUAUGUUUAUCACCGUACAUUGAACACUUCACUUCCUCUAUCCGUUUUUCGAUGACAUCAAAUUUACUUGUGUAGACAGGAAUCGUAUUUUAAAUGCCUUAAUCUACUUAUCCAUGGCUGGUGAAUAAAUUUAUUUUCGUAUUGUUCCUUAUUUUUUACUCAGCUGGUUGAUGUUUGAACUGCUUGCCUAGUCCACAAGCAAAUAAAAUUUCAUCUUAUUAAAAAAAACUUGCUGUACUCUUACUCUACGGCUUGCACAAUCUGAAAUUACCUCUAAUUACCUUGAACGUCAUUGCCUUUUUUCGAAUAUAACACAUUAACUCUUACACUCUUACAUCUCCCACUAUUAAAACAUAAAAUUUUACAUAACAAGCGUUGUUAUUGAAACCUAAAAAUAAUACUUGUACUAUGUGCGUCGAUCGUUUAUCAUAAUAUAUCAAGUUGCCAUUUAUAAAUCCCAUUUCGUCGGUGUUUGACGCCAUAAGCCCUGUUGUUCUCUGUCUGCCAGGGAAAAGUUUGCGUGACAACACCAUCCACAUGGUCGUAUUUACAGCGAUCUGGGCCAAUUUCUUCUCGUUCCUGGCCCUAAAUUUAGUCGGUGGGUGGAUUGGAGCGAGGGAUUUUGACUCUACAAGUUUCACGGAGAGUAAAAGACCUGAAUUGCUUUGUACCCUGUUGAAAUCGGGGCACUUCCGAGAUUUUAGUUAUAGAAAAUCUCGGCUAUGCCGUAAGGCUUAGCAAUACACCCUAAAUGAAGCUUCGAUAAGCCCUCUAUUAGUCUAUAUGUAUGUUGGUAGAAGGAGGGAUCUGAGCUAGAAAAUAAUCGACUUCAAACUUUUGCAACAAAAUGGUCACAACUUUUCAUUCAACCUAAUAUGUUGUGAGAAUAUGCAAUCUUUUGAGGCAAAAUAAGAAGUUUAAAACAUCUAAGUCUAGUAGUAAAUAGUCUACAUUUUGAUUAGUCUUUUUAGAAAGUAAUACUGAGAUAUUAUGUUUGCAGUUUUGCAGAAACAAGUAAGAUUUCGAGACGAAAAAUGCUGACAAAUUAACAUUUUUUUGAGUCGAAAAUAUGCCUUCAAUUUUAACCGUGUAACAAGGUUUGUUCUGUCAAAAUAAUCGACUUUUCUUGGGGGUACUCGUCUUGAAUGCAGGAGAGCUUCUUCAUUCGCUUUGCAGCUCAAGGCCGAAAAUAUUAUAUUUAUUUCUGGACGUCUCUCCCGAUUUUCCAUUGUCUCUCGUCUUCUAAGAUCGUCGAAUAUCUCGGCUGCCCUGCAAACGGUAGCUAAAACUUUUAGGAAAUGAUUUAUCAUCGUUAUUGGCAUUUUUUCAGAUUUUUUAAAAUACGAUUUCUGCUAUUUUAGGGACACAUAUCUUCAAAAAAAAUUUAUUUCCAUAUUACUAUCUAUGUAUCUAUUUAUUUCCCCGUAAACUCGUUGAAAACUCGUCCCUCCCACGGACCGUACAACGUGAUUACCUCGGCUUCCUUUUUCCCCCUUCAAAUUUGCCUAUAUAUUCCUUCGGAUAGGGCUCUUCGUAUCUCUCGCCCUCACCCACGAAGACGCUGUGUUUUCCCCGCUCAUAUAACAUCCGAAACAAGGCAUCUGGAGAUAAAUUUACGCAAUUUAUUUCCUCCGAAAAGAACUUUUUUCGACGCCAUGUGCUUUCGGAGAGCGCUCACGGACUGCACGGUGCGAUCAUUUUUACUUUAUUGGCUUUUACGAGCGCACUGUGCGAUUUUUUACGUUUCGCGGAAUGCACUGUGCAAUGGAAUUUGAGUUGAAUGCACAGUGCAGCGAGAUUUUUUUCUACGCACGGUGCGACCAAAAAUGUUUACACUUUUUGCGACUGCACAGUGCAAUGAAGCGGUUUUUUUGCACUGUGCAAGAGAAAGAUGAGUCAAAAUUUUCCGCACUGCGCGGCUUUUUUGUCUUUGAUCUCUGCACGGUGCAAAAGGUCGCAAUUUGCUUUUUGCACUGUGCGCCACAACCUUUGUCGCUUCUUCUGCACUGUGCGUCUCAAACGUUGUCGCCUUCUUCUGCACUGUGCGCCAAAACCGUUGUCGCUUCUUCUGCACUGUGCGCCACAAACUUUGUCGCUUCUUCUGCACUGUGCGCCACAAACUUUGUUGCUUCUUCUGCACUGUUCGCCACGACCUUUGUCGCUUCUUCUGCACUGUGCGCCGCGACCUUUGUCGCUUCUUUUUUCAUUGUGCAGGCAAAAUUUGUCUUUUUUCUGGCUGCACUGUGAAACAAAUUUUCAAACACCGAGUGCACAUUUUUUUCAGGCAAACGCACAGUGCGCUCACCAAUUGUAAAUAUUUUUGUCUCAUCACGUAAUUUCUUUCCCUACUACUAGUCGCGGAAAAAAGUCCUGGGAUUUUCUCGCGCCCCCCAAAUUCCGUCGCGCUCCGAAAAGUUGAUUUGUCGCGGGGAUCGCGCGCGACAAUAAGGCAAAAUCAACAAAAUUGCACUGUGCAAAAGCACUUUUCGGGUUCAUGCACAGUGCAGAGUCGCAGAAAAAUCCCAGGACUUUUUUCCGCGACUAGUAUUUAUUUUUUGACUGCACAAUGCAGUUUCUUGUGAAAUGUCUCGGAAUUAUUUAUAAUGGGAGAAUUGGGGGCAUUACCAUCGAAUUAAUACUCAUUUUUAGCCACAUGAGGCUGGAAACGUCAUGCAGAUUCCAUUUCGGGGCUAUAAUUGACCUCUACAGAAGUUUCUUAUAAAUUUUAUUGACUUCUAGAAGCUUCUAAACCGGAUAUUCUGAUUUCAUAUGAGUUUAGAGAUAAAAUAUUAUACAUCUUGCCUAUUGUCUAUCAAAAUUUCUGUGUUCAUCAUUUUUAUCAUCAUUUUUUGCGAUUUUUCCACGAGAAAAAUCCCAGAAUGUCCAUUACACAUCCACAACAGCUCAUUUGACACCCAAAUUCCCAUGUUGCCAAUAAUUUUUGAGACUUUUUUUUACCAAGUACAAUAUAAUUUGAUCUCUCAAAUUGUAUUUUUUUGGAUUAUUUACAGAGCCAGAAUAAAUUACAAUUGUCCAAAAACAAUUUUUUUUGCCUUCUAUACUUUUAUUUAUUUAAAACUAGCUCAAUUUCCCCCAUCUUCCCUCACUUUUCGCCUACUACAACAUAAUUUGAUCUCUCGAAGUCUCAUUUUCUCACUUUUAUCCGCAUUGUCUACUCACGACUAAUUAGUGUGGACCUCCAAUUCUCCGGCGUUUUACAAUUUUCUAAACCCCCAAAAUUCGCCAGUCCUCGCCAUUUAUCCGGCCGGAUUAGCGGAUUCUUCCUUAUCUUUCUGGAAGGUGGCGGUCCCGAAUUUUAUUAUUUAUUAACGGCGAGAAAUGGGUGGCUGAAAUGUGGGAAAUGUAAUUUCAGGGGCCUGUCCCACUAACAAAGCGUAGCGCGAAUCACGAAUUGGAAGCGCGAAAAAUCAUGCAAAAGCGAGAGAGGUGAGAGAAAAAGCGGGCUCUCUCGGAAAUCCGCGCUACGGUUUUUUUGUGCAAAAUACCGAAAAUUUUUUACUUUUUUUGCCGUAACUCCUUUCAGUGAUGUCCGAUUUACAUGAUUUUAAAAACAGUGAACAGAGGAGACCCACAGCUUCUAGAAAAUGUAAAUUUUGUUUGCUUUAACGCGGAUUAAGGCUUCCCGCCAAGACGAAUUACAAUUUCCUCAUGGAGAAUCAUGAUUCGAAGUCAUAUUUUCAAAAAAAACUUAUCAUUAGCUAUUUAUCUUAACUUCCACAGCUCAUAUGCGAAUUUAUCAACCCGAGUUGCCCCUCCCAAGCCCAAUGUUUGGUCUCCUCUUGUCAUAAUUUGCUCGGUGACAAAAAGGUUUGUUUUGGAAAAAAAAUUAUAGAUAAAUUCUCCACUCAUUCCUCAGAGACGUUGAAACAAACUAUUCAAGCCAAACUACCCCUCUUACACCCAAUUUUAGUCACCCCUUGUCAUAAUUCGUUUUAUAACAAAAAAGUUGCUUUCAUAUGGCAAGGGGAGACCAAAAAUUGGGCUUGGGAGGGGCAGCUCGGGUUGAUAAAUUCGCAUAUAAGCUUUGGGAGUUACGAUAAAUAGCUAAGGAUAAGUUUUUUUGAAAAUAUGACUUCGAAUCAUGAUUUUCCAUGAGGAAAUUGUAAUUCGUCUUGGCGGGGAGCCUUAAUCCGCGUUAAAGCAAACAAAAUUUACAUUUUCUAGAAGCUGUGGGUCUCCUCUGUUCACUGUUUUUAAAAUCAUGUAAAUCGGACAUCACUGAAAGGAGUUACGGCAAAAAAAGUAAAAAAUUUUCGGUAUUUUGCACAAAAAAACCGUAGCGCGGAUUUCCGAGAGAGCCCGCUUUUUCUCUCACCUCUCUCGCUUUUGCAUGAUUUUUCGCGCUUCCAAUUCGUGAUUCGCGCUACGCUUUGUUAGUGGGACAGGCCCCAGAUGUUUUGAUAUUGAAUUAUUCAGUUCCACAGUCUUAUUCGAGUAUUUUCCGGCUUCGCUUUCAGCAUGCGAUUAAGUUGUAAUUAGCAGGGAAAGUAAUGCAAUGUAAACAAAACAUGGGCUGGGGUGGGUGGGGGUGGAGAGCGAGCUACUCAACUUGGUGUUUACUGUUUAAAGAAGUAUAUAUGAGGGUCUCUAAUUUUGUUAUACGUCAAAAAUGAAGGCUUAAUCGGUCAAAAAUUCAGUAUGAUAAGUUUAGUCAUCAUUUUUAUUAUUUUGAUGCCAAAUUUACACCUAAGCCUUUUAAAAAUAUCUUCUCUCUCCAGCUUUCGCCGUAUAUACAUCCUUUGUUUGAUGACUUAAUUUCGAUACAUUGAACGACCCAUUGCAAGAAAAAAAAGAAGCUUUUAGGUGGUAGAAGGGCUUGGUAGUACAGAGGCUUAUUGUGGCCUAAAAUUGACUCUUGUGAUUUCUAAAGGGAUUUACAAAAGACAGGCUUUGUUGUACUUCCUCAAUUUAGUCCUUUUUUAAGCAACGUGACCUCAAAAGACAAUAAGAAGUUUAAAAAGAUUUGUGGUCGGCCUGGUCAGCCGUAAGCUUAUAGGAUUUACUCAAUGAUCCGCUGGCUUGAACCGCUGUAUGUAGGGAGCAGACAGACAAGGAAAAAUUGUUUAUGUCACGUAUAAGGCCUUCUUUUUUGCGCAUUAUGUUAAUGCAUUUUAACGGCUUCAGAAUUUGUUUGUAGUCUAUACAUACAAAUAUGUUCGGUAGAGACGUCCUAUAAUAGCAUAAAACUUGCCUUAUGACGAUCGCCUGUCGUAUUAAUAAUUGCGAUUUUUGCAUAAAAUUUGAAGCCUUUCAUUUUAUCAAGGAAAAUUUUUUUUUAUUCAGCUUGCCCUUUGUGCUCGGCUUUUAGCGAGGGCGUCUGUUGAGCGACAAACCGGUUUGUUUGACACAAAGGCCAAGAUAAAGACCGAAAAUGAGCUAUCUCUUGGAAUAAAAAAAAAUUGAGAGUUCAUCGUUAAACUCAGUUUUUCUUAGCCAACAUAUAAUAUAUGUUUGUAAAAUUCAUGUCAAUUUCUUUCAACACCCUCAAUUAAAUUUCUGAUACCAUACAUAAACUACAUUUUUUUGACAAUUUCAUUGAUUUUUUACAUUACCGGCUAACUAUCGUAUAAUGCUAGAGACAAAUUCUCCAGACUUUUCCUAUCAAUCUUUGCUUCUUGCUCCCAAUGACCAUAUUUUUCCACCAGACUUCCUCCUUAACAUCCGUUCAAAGUCCAGCGAAACAAUUGCGAAAUCAUUUCCGACUGGUGCUUUAUGUCCUUAUUUAUAUAUAGUAAACCUAGACAAUUUAUCCAUUUCCACCAAUUUUUCUCCUCAAAACUUUGAAUCCCUAGCUUUUUAAUCUUCUAUGACUAUUGAGAACUUAAUUGCCACCAAUACUAUACAACUUUCAAUCUCGAGGCUUUUAUCAUCUUUUUGUGAGUACCACUCCUCUCCACCCGCAGGCCGUUCCCCUGAAAAGGGGCUUAACUUGUUAUUCAUAUAUAAGAUUGUCUUGCCAAACGUUUUGAGACUUUUUGAGGCACACACUGAACGUGGCGACUUUAGAUUCGGGCUUUAUUGAGGCUUCUUUAGUUGCUUUUUGGGGAAAAUUCAAUACGGUCUCUGUAAAGGGAUGAGAAAACUUUGUUACCGGUGUCAAAAGAUAGAUUAGGAUUUUCGCUAUUCGAAUGGAGUAAUCUAAAUUGUAUUUCUGCUUUUUUUAUUUAUGAAACGUCGAGGAAAAAAGUUUCUUUUGAGAAAUUUGUUUACGGGAUACUUUUUGAGUACUUUUCAAAGGAGACCCUUCUUUGAGCCUCCACGACGAUUUUUUUGACCAAAUUUGUUCUUUAUUAGUGUCUGUGCUGCAUCGCUCAUUAAAAUAAUAUCUAGGGCUCUUUUGCGUCCCAUUUUCACGUUUAGUAGGCGUACAGGUAUAAUCUUCCAAUGUAUAUAGCCAUUUUAACAUCAGCAAGGAAAAAUUUUUUAAUGUCUAGUACAAUAUUUGGGUUGUGCGGGUAGCAGGUAGAUUUUUUACAGCCUCGUCAUAUACGGUUCAAAAGCGCAAUUUCUGAGCUUCAAAACCGUUUGUUCAACAUAUCUCGUAAUGCGUUUCAAAGCUCACAGCAAUUUGCACAAAAAAAGAACAGGACUUACGGGACACCCUAAUACAUAAUACUUUUUUUUGCUUUUUUUACGACGAUAUGCUAUACGGUCUCUGAUCAUCAAACUUUACCCAUAUCAAAUUUGAAUUUUGACGUCUGGCUCUCUAAAUUCAACCGUUUAACCUUGCGAAUAAUUGAGUAACUCACGGUCGAACAGACAAAAGGGUUUGCGUCAGUUUUUUAGAACGGCUCUUCUUUUAGGCCUUUAGAGUUCAAAAAUAGCCAAAUCUUUUAUUCAGCUGUUUGAAACUUGGACUUUUUCAUCCUUUCAUAGAAAUUUAAGACAAGGAAAUAGGGAAAUUUAAGGAUAAAUGGCCCUCCAGAUUAAAAAUGAGUACUAAUCAUACGAUCUUUGACUUCUCAUUUUUCGGGACAUAACUAAAUUUGAGACAUUUCGCACUUCCUCGACGGGAGAAAACAGUAAACAAAAGUUGACUGGCUUCUUGUUACUGCGACAUUUCGUGUUUUUCUGACCUUAUUUUGAAGAUAAUUAAUAAAAAAUUGAAUUUAUAUUUUGUGACGACAUUUUUGAUGAUAUUGCUACAUAAAAAAGUCUUCCGGGUAUCCUAGAAAUGUCUUAAAAAUCUCAAUUUGCCCUUCCAAUCCCCAUUUUAUGAGAUAAACUCGCCAAACUUUCUCAAAAAAUCGCUCUCUUUCAGAACACCCCAGAGCCGACGUUAUCAACGACGAAAAGGCGUACUACGCGUUCCGUUCGGCCCUUCAGACCAACUCCAAAGCGCCCAAGUUGAAGGUGUCGGCUCGUCCCGACUCCACGACAAGCUCCAAGUUCGGCUCUCAGCUCUCGCAGCCGCCCAGCCAACGACAGUCGGGAACGGCGAGAACCAUCAUGCAAGUGCAACAGCCAUCGGCUCCCGGCUCCUCCAACAACAGCCGGCCCGCCACUCCCGCGGAAAUGGCCGCGACCAAGAUUCAAGCCGCUUACAGAGGGCAUUUUGUAAGGUUUUUGGAGAGUUUUGGGUGUUAGCGUUUAGGGGUUGGGAUGACGCAUUUGAAUUUGAAUUUAUUUUUUCUUAUUUUUUUCCUAAAGGGUGUGUUUUUCAAGGUGCGACAGUUAGAAGUCCUCCAAAAUUUGUGCUAAUGGUCUAUCCAGGGAGCUUAAUUCUUCAUGUAUCCUUGCAGGCCACAAUUUUUUUGGCGCAGCUAAAAAGUACACGAGAUUACUCUCGAAAGCUCACAAAAAAUUUACUCUUGUUUUUUGUGAGUUUUACCAUGUAGUGUGCAGCCUGAUUCCUACUAGAACAUAUGACAUUUCCACAAAACACUAAAUUUUCUCAAUUCGACAUUAGCAAAAUUAUGGUGAAACUGCCUCUUUCGUGCUGAUCGCUCUAUGAAAUUCACGUACUCUACCCUCAGAAAAGAUAAGUGGAUAACUCGGUUGCGCUUGAAAACGCGAGUUGAGGCUUUUGGAAACUGAUAUUGGGUCGUUCAGAAAGUUAGUUCGUUUUUUUAUUAUUAUGUUUUAUAAUACAAGAACUUUUUGUUGUUCGGAAGUGUAUGUUUAUAUUUGUUUGUUACAAAAAAGUAAAAAAAAGAACAAACUUUCUGGACGACCCAAUACAUGGCAAAAGCGUGUGGAAAAUUAAAGGAAAUAAGAGGGCUUGGAAUACUUUUUUGUAAGCUUCUUUAGGCUUAAAGCUAUCGCUGUGUAAUGAAUUUCAAAACAAAAAAAAAAUUUCUUUAUUUUAUCUAUCUGCAAAAAUAUUGUGCUACAAUUCUUGGCCAUAAUCCUCUCUUUUCAGGUGCGAAAUCACCCCGAGAAGUUUGGCCUCGACACAACGGACUUGACACGCCGCAGCUCCACCGACCGACUACUGUCAUCCGACAACAAAAAGGAUCUCAAGUAAGUCAUAAACAGAAUAGAUCUUUAAUUAAAUUUUUAUCUCCAAUUAAUCCAAUACAUAUGUAUUUCCGCCGAUAAUCCGCUUGCAAAACUCCUUCGUUUUAGACGACAUUCCGUCGGCGGCUACAGUCUGGAGACCAUCACCAACUCUCCGGACGAUCGGGCGGCCACGAGGAUUCAGGCCGAGAUCAGAGGGUACCUGGCGAGAAGGCAUGUGGAAGCUAUGAAACAAAAGAAUUUGGAGGCGGCCACCAAAAUUCAAGCCCAUAUUCGGUAAGAGGAGAUUUGGAAUUGGGAAGUUUAGUAGAACUUACGAAAGAAAGGGGGCCGAUUGCGUAUUUUAAAAACGAAAAUUUUUGAAGUUUGACUCUCAUUCACCAUACAGUGACCUGAUCCAGUGGCAAAAAACGUAUCAUUUUGCAUCCGAGAAGGAUCAAAAAAUAUGGCAAAAUGACUCCCUUUUGAAAUCGGAUUUUUUUCGCUUGGAGAGGGAGGGAUUUUGCUACUUUUUUGAUACUUCCUAGGUGCAAAAUGGUACGUUUUUUGCCACUGGAUCAGUUCCGCCACCGUCAGGGGCCUUUUCUUUCCAGUACCUUGAUUUUUUUACAAAAGGGAAUGAAAGAAAUCGUUUCUAAUGAACCCUUUUGUUUUGAAGAAAUCGUAAACUCAUUUUUUUCUGAUUUUAAUAUUUUUCAUUGAAAUAUUUUUACACAGAAUUAUUCUUAUCACAGCGUAGAAGUCCAUACACAUAAAGAAAACCUACUCAAAAUAAUCUACCUUCCAAUCAACUCUUAUCUCAUAAUCUAUUCAUUUAUUCCUUUAUCAAAUAAAAAUCACGAGAAUUUUUUGCUUGCAACCGUAAGAUCUUGUGGCAGGUAUAAAGUACAUAUAGUUGUAACAUCAAAUUUCUAUUAUAUUUAAAAACCCGUCUAUAACAAACAAUUAGUUGGCACAAAAGUCAAUUUCAGGGCAACUCAAACUUAUUGUCGUUAAUUUUUUUAUUACAGUAGGACAAGAAGUUUACAAAAGUUCAAAUAAAGAUACAAGUUUUUCCAUUACUAUCUUAUAAGUAAAAAUUUUACAAUUUUUACAUUAUUUAAUUUUCAUUUUUUACAUUCUUCCGUUUCCAGAGGCUACUUGACCCGCAAGAAGUUGCACGACGGAGAAGAGAACAACAGUCCAGCCAGAUCCCGUCAAAGCGUCAAUUCCAACGCAUGA